UGAUACGAAUUCCUAGCUAAGCCGCUGCCACUGCUUCCGCUCUUGAAAGCUCCCACCCGGACUCCCCGGCUAGCAACAUUUACUAGGCAAGUACACACCUCAAUGCCUGCGCACUAAGGAGGUUCUGCUUUGUUGCUUAGGUUAGAUAGGAAGCCUUAUUGCCUAGGACGUUUGCUAGCCCUAGAGAGGCGCACGCGUGGUGUGCGGUUGGCCUCCUUGCCUGUCUCUUUCCACCUGUCCCGGUGCAGCGCCUGAGCUCCCCUGCCCCUCACGUGCAGCGCCUGCCUCCCUUGCCGCUUCCCUGUGCGGGUGUGGCCCUCCCCACGCGUGACUCCUGCUUCCUGUGCCCUGCUCCGUGCAGUGCGACGUGCGGGGUCCUGCGCCCCGACAGGACCCCUUUGCCCCUCCCCGUGCGGUAUCUGGGUCCUUAUGCCCAUCCCCCACACUACCUGUCUUGCUCGCAUGCGGUGCCUGCCUCCCCUUGCUGCUGCCAUGCCUCGGGCGCCUCGGCCCCUCUUGGGGGGAUACCAAAUUAGACCAAACCAUAUGAAGGGAGGCGGGAGAGGAGAUGGAGGAGCUCGUUGGCUUGAGCUCGUGACAUCGCGUGCUUCAGUCCAUGCAGUCCCCGCACCAGCCCAUUAACCGGUGGACCUGCGAGCAGGCAUGCCCUCUGGAUCUGCGGCGGAUGCCUCGAGCCCCAUGUGCCCGGCACUGAUGGAAAUUGGCACCCAUGGGCGUAAGCAUCACCACCUUCCCCAAGCACCUGCAACCAGGCAUCCCCGUCGAACCCACCCAUGCAUCAACGCCGAUGCGUGAGUGCAUGCCGCCCCGGCAAUACCCUCCCGGCCCAUAAAUCGGCACUGAUACAUGCAUACAUACCCGCCAUGCCCAACUAUCAGCGGCCAUGCGGGCAUGUACCAUACCAACGGUUAAAUCCGGCCUACGGAUAAACUUAAUACGCACACCCACCGUGCCCACUAACCGCUGUGAUGUACGCAUGCAUUCCUGCCUGCCCAAGUACCGACGCCACCUGCGUGCAUGAACCGAGUGCAAGGGCGCUGCACCGAGAAGGGCUCAAAGAGGCAGCCGAGGGCAUGGGAGGCACGCACGGCAGACGGAGGCACAUGAAGCAGCUCUGUUGGCGGUACGAGAGGAGGCGGCGGCGGCGGUGGCGAUGGCGGAGGAGGUAGAGGAGAUGGUAACGGAAGCUAGCGGUGUUGAAGACCGACCUUACCUCCAUGCGCGCCGCUUUCCGAGAGGAGUUCCGAGCCAUGCGCGACGCCGCCUACGCCGCCAUCAGCGGCUUCCACGCCGCCUGCCGUACCGCUGCCCGCGCGCAUGCCGAACGUACGGCACAGCUGCUUGGCUUGGACGAGACGCUGAAGCGGCUGGGGCCGGGCGGCGUGGCGCAGCUAGUGGCGGAGGUCGAGUCGCUAAAGGGACAGCUGGCGGAGGCGAAAGCGGCGACGGAGCGUGCGGCGGCCGAGGCAGCGGCGGGGUCGGCGGCAUACCGCCGUGCGGCGGCGAAUGCGGAGCUCAAGGCGCGGGAGCUUCAGAUGAUGGCGGCCUCGCAUGGCGACUUGACGACAGAGCUGGCGGCGGUGCGGGCGCAGGCGGCGGCUGCGCAGGAGGAGUGCACGGAGUUGCGGAAAGCGAGCGAGACACUUCGUUCUGAACUCCAGCAAGCCAGGGAUGAGGCGGCGCAGAACAACGCGGCCUUGCGGGCGGGGCGCCGCGAGCUCGAGGCCGCCAUGGGGGCCUUACAGCGGUCCGAAGCUGCGGCGGCGGCAGCGCGGGUUGAGGCGGAGCAGUGGAAGUCGUCAGCCGCGGAUCACUUGGCGGCGGGGCGGCAGGAGGCGACGGCGGUGGCGGCGACGCUGCUGGCUGAACUCCGCGACCGUUACUUUCAGACGCUGCCGCUACCCGCCGGUACGACAGGAGGUACGGCGGCGGCGGCGGCGCGUGGGAGUCCCUCGCGGCCCCCUCCUGGCGGCGGCGGCGGCGGUACGGCGGCCGAGGCGGAAGGCAGUGGCGCCGGCGGCGGCGGCGGCGCCGCCGCCACCAAGGACGCGGCUGACGGCGGCGGCAGCAAUAGCGUUGGCGGAGGCGUUUCUGAGCGGAGGCUGCCGUUGGUGUACGGCUGUACGACGUGACACAUGAUCGCGUGAUGGCGGCGUUUGAGACGUACCUGUCGCGUCAGGCGAUGUUGGCGGGAGCGCCGGCCGAUGCAGCGGCGGCGGCAGCUGAGGGCAGCGGCGAGCGAGACGUCAGCCCGCUGCGCUCCCGGCUUCCGGAAGCUCCUGCCGCUGCCUUCGGUGCCGCUGCCGGCUCGCUCUCCCCUGUGCCUGGUGCUCCCAUGCCUGGGGUGCUUCUGCGACCCAUGGACCCCGCGCAGCAGCAGCAACAAGCCCAUGUCGCAGCCGCCGUGGCCGCUGCGGCCGCGGGCGGUUGGCAGCGGCCGUUGGUUUCGGAGGUGGUUUGGUUGGAGGGCUGCUUGCUGGUAGCUCUGCUGGACCUGCGGCUCAACGGCGGACGCAGCAGCGGGGCGGGAAGCAGCAGCGUGGGCGGGAGCGGGAGCAGCGGGGGCGGAGCCAACCGAGAGGGCGGUCGGGAGGCCUCGAGCUCCUCCCGCCCCAACUCCUCCACCACCUCCGGGGCGAGCACAUCAGCCCAGCAGCAGCAGGCGGUGCGUGGCCUCGUCGCCCAGCUCGUUCGUACGAUGGCUUCGGAGCGCCGUCAGCUCAUGCAACGUGUACGGCAACUGCAGGCCAGCGGCGGCGGUGGCUCGGGGCUGCUGCCGCCGUCGCAUCCGUCGCCGGUAUCCUUCCUGUCGUACGCGGGCGCGGGCCGACGGACACAGGCGCUGACGUCACCACUAAUGGUGGCGGCACCGGGUCGAGGUAGCGGCGGCGUCGGUGUACGAACGGCGUCGCUGACGGCGACGUUGGCGGCGAUCCCUGGAGCCGGGCCCAGCCCUUCCGCCCUGAGGUCGGAACUAUCACGAUACAGCACAGGUCCGUACGGCAGCACCGCCUCCGCCGCCGCUGCGGGCUUGUUGGAUGUGGAGAUGUCGACGACGUCGCAACGCCGAGGUGGCGGCGGGCGUGGCGGCGGCGGCGGUGGCAACGGCCGCACCGGCGGCGGCGGCGGCGGCGCCCUGCUCUCCACCAGCUCCACAUCACCCGUACGCAGCAGCGUGCGUCGCAGCACAGACACCGACGCUGUCCUUCCGGCGCCCCUCGCAAACCUCUACAAGUCCGAAAGCGGCGGCAUGGCCCUUCCUGCCGCGACCUCCAUGCCGGCCGUGCCGCUGCAAGCGACCAACUCCGAGUGUCUGCUGCCGCCGCUGCCCGGCAAUCACUACCACCCCACGCAGCAUGCUGGCCACAGUCCCGGCCACAGCCCAGGUCCUGCACAAGGCCCCUGCUCCCAUGCUGCCGGCGGGGGCCCUGGAGCCCCGUUGCAAGCACCCGACAUGGAUGAGUUGAUGGAUGUGUUGCAGGCGUUGGACGCCUCCCAGUUCCGUCGAAGCCGAACAUGGAACGGCCCCUCAGGGCGUCAGUCGGCCUGGGCUGGCUUGGAGGCCCCUGCACCAGGCGCGCCGGGACAACCAGCCGGCGGCGAAGGAGGCGAGGAAACCGACCCACGGGACGGCGGCUCGGCCGCUCGCGCAAGGCAGAACCCCUUUGCCACGCCGCCGCGGCCGCCGCAUGGCAGCAGCAGGCCGCCGCUGGGACCUCUGGCCGGCGGUGCUGCGGCUGCUGCUGUUGCUGCUGCCGGCGGGUCAGACGCGGGUGAGGUCGUUGAUUCGGGACCCAUGGGUCGCACCCCGGGCCGAACCGUAAGCUGGAGUUCCCCUGGAGUGAGCCCCAUGGGAGGUAUCGCAGCCGGGGCAGCAGCAGCAGCAGGGGGUGGUGGCAGCGGAGGCAGCGGCGUUGGUAGCGGCAGCCUAGCGGGUAGGGGCCGGGGGCCGGGUGGGAGGUUACACUCGGCAGAGGGAAGUGCCCAUGCCACACCUACCAAGGUCAGUCCGUAUUUGUUACCUCCUGGGGCGCCGAGGGGAGCCGGCGGAGCAGGAAGGUAGUGGGAGGUAGCGAGCGCAUGCGGUUGGUUGCACCGUGGAAAGGCAGUACGUAUGUGAUACAUAACUAUGUAGCAUUAUAAAUUGGCUGUUGCCGACGUUUGUGUGAGACCAGGGAGGGAUAUAUAGCUUGAUUAUGAGUAGUGUUUGAAUGCUGAUUAGUACUGAUUAGUAGGGCCAUGGGUUCUAUAAGAAGUUUCGGAAGAAGGUGUUUCAACAUUCAGUGAGAUAGGGCGGAGGAACGGGUCGAGUCGAAUACAAAGUGUCGAGCGCCAUAGCCGCCGAUUCGAAGAAACCCUCGGACUGGUAUGGCUGUUAGCAAGGUGAGGCACGUAGCAGACUGUACUAGUUUACGUUCAUGACCAACAAGGAUACCCAUGACUGGUUAGUACUGGUUUGUCUAAUCCUUCGACCGUUACAAAGGCUGUGCCCUCAACCGUUAGGGGUUUCGGAGAAUCCAAUGUACCUGACAUCCAUGCUGCGUGUUUCGUCUCCAAUACUCCAUCGUUGUGACGUACGUUUGUGAGCCUGGAUGCGUGCAUGUAUAUCCAACCGUUGCAUGCCUGCCGCACGGUUAGGAAGGGCAAGCCGUGUUUACGUGCGCACGGGCAUGUGCGGUUGGGGCACGCAGAUAGCCGAAAUUGCGUUCUCAUUUCCCUUCUUUUGGAGAGGAUGUCCAUAACCAAGGCGGCUGUACUGCCUUCAUGAACACUGGAAUGUCGUGUUUGAAAGGGGAGUUCGCUUCUACUGGAGUCCUUCUGAGUUUGUGUUGUGUGUCCUUGAUGACUACAUUGAAGAGAGAUUCUAGAAACUUCUUGAGCAAUAUCACUUUUGACAUGGAAACUCCACCAUAUCUGGAGGCAUGUGGAUAACCAUCACUAGGCAUGUCGUAUGAACGAAUUGGUACGGCAGCGAAUUGCGUGCCGUAGAGCCAUAUCGUGUGCUGGUGUGGCUGAGCUAGACGAUGAGUAGUUGCAUACUGCAGAUACAUUUUGGCACUGCUGCGAUCAAGAUGCGCAAACUAGGAAUGGUGAUUAGCGGGUUUGGAUGAGGGUUACAUACAUAAGUACGAUAGUACGAUGGUUUGGGUUUGUUCGAUGGAAGGGCCGAAUGCAUGCAUGAUGAGAGCAUGGGAUAGCCCUGCAAACAACUUGACAGCGUUUGGCACCUUAUGGAUAAGGAGUGAAGUCGGUAUUAUGAUGUGCAUGGGUGUAUGAUAUGGUGAUGGCGAGGUGGAGAGGAAGUGUAGCUGCGAGCAGAUGUGAGGGGGGUCAAAGACCAUACCUAACCAUAGGGGGGGCUAGCCGGUUGCAUUCUUGCGAAAUGACAGGAUGGUAUACGCAUUAUCACCUGUUUUGUGCGGCGACCUUUGGAAUGACAAGUGACACGCCACAUCUUGGAUGCACGGCGGUAGAUCCAUAACUCCUCCAUUGAUUGGAUGGACACGGUAGCUCAAGGCCUUGGGACGGUUG